AUGGCUACCACGAGAACUACUGAGGCUGCUCGUGUGCUAUUAUAUCUAGGCCUUCCAUCUGACUACUCGCCCUCACCUUCUAAUGAGCCUGUCUCAUUUCUCUCGCUGCACAUCCACCAACUACCGCCAGAGCUUCUCUCGGUUUUCUCGGCUCUAACCACCGCUCGCGAACGAUCUACUGUUCCCGCUAUACGAAACAGACGAUUUCGCUACACACAAUCAAAGCCAUCUGAACUUAAAACCUCUAAUGCCAAACGCUCAUGGCCUGCUCUAUGGGAAGGACCUCCAGAACCUCCAACCUCGGUAGGAAAGGACAGCGCGAGGGAAGAGCAUGACUGGGUGGAGAGAAACUUCCUUGGCGGGAGCUCCACGAAUUCUUCUGGAGAGAAGAGGCACCAUGUGGGAAAGUUAGGCUCUCUUUUAGGAGGCUACGAAGAAGAAAGGGAACUAGAAAGGAUUCGGGGACUUCGAAGGGACAUGGCGGCGAAGGCAGCCGAAGAGUUCGUCCCCGAGGAGGAUGAGAGCUCCGAAGAGGAAGAAGAGGCAGAAGUCCCGAGCAGAAUGGAAGGACGCUCAAAUUCUGGCGGCAUACCACCGCAAAAUGAUUCAAUAGAGGAGAUGCAAGGUCUUUUUGACCGUCGUGUACGCGAGCAGUUUAUCUAUGGCCUUUUACAGUCUGACCUUUAUGAUGUCGUCGAUUGGGACGAGCAGUGGGAUGGAGACGGAGAAGACGCCCAGGACCGCUGGUUCGCCGAUGAUGACUGA